AAAUGGCUGCGUGCGUCACAUCGCUGCGCAAUCAAGUCAAGCACGGAAAUAACUAACAGCUGUUCUACAAUAUUCGGUCGGGCAACUCAGGUAGCAGCUGUAUACAGAGCAAUACGCAGCCGUUUUCCUUGGAAGUGCGAUUGUUUGGACGUCGAAUUGUGGCAAUCUCAUUGUUAUAAUUCGCAUCGCUUUGUGAACAGUUCCAAUUUUUAGUUGAAAAAUCUACGCACGUUUUAGUGCUGGCGUCAGUGCGCGAAUCGUGUUAUUGAGUUCCUGGUGAUAUGUUUACCAAAAUUCAUACUUUGUUAUUGUGAUUUGAGACGAGUGGAAAUGCCUCGUGAAUACGUGGACCGCGAGGAGAGCCCCACAGUGUUAUGUUAAUAGAUUCUCUAAAUAGAUAGCAGUUUUAAUUUUGUCACUGUAGGGUAGGUGAUAAUAAUGUCUAAUACGGUGCCGACCAGUUCUGCUCUGAGGGCUCUGGCCUUAGAGUACAAAAGCUUGCAAGAGGAACCCGUGGAGGGGUUCAGAGUGAAGUUGUUGGGAGAUGACAAUUUGUUUGAGUGGGAAGUGGCAAUUUUCGGACCCCCAGACACUCUUUACCAAGGAGGCUAUUUCAAGGCACAUAUGAAAUUCCCUCCGGACUACCCAUAUUCACCACCCACAAUUAGGUUUCUAACUAAAGUUUGGCAUCCAAAUGUAUAUGAGAACGGUGACCUCUGCAUAUCCAUCCUGCACCCGCCGGUGGAUGACCCGCAGUCGGGCGAACUGCCGUGCGAGCGUUGGAACCCCACGCAGUCAGUGCGCACCGUGCUGCUGUCCGUCAUCUCGCUGCUCAACGAGCCCAACACCUACAGCCCGGCCAACGUAGACGCCAGCGUCAUGUACCGCCGCUGGCGAGAGUCCAAGGGCAAGGACAAGGAGUACGAGAAUAUUAUAAGGAAACAAGCUCAAGUGGCGCGCAUGGAAGCAGAAAAGGAAGGAAUAGUAGUACCUCUUACAUUAGAAGACUAUUGCAUUAAGACACAAGUCAAGUCGUCGACACAAGAAUCUCAGCUUGACAUGACAGAUUUCUACGACGACGACUACGACGACCUCGACACCGACUCCGAGGGCGAGCUCGAAGGCGGCGAGGACGCCGACGACAGCGGCAACGGCGAGUCGUGAUACGCCCCCCAGAUCUCACGCGACGGACGGACCACCACACUGGAACUUUGACCUCUGAGCAUUUGUUGAACAGCAAGGCUGACAUGCUCUACCUACCCACUAACACAUGUAUUAGUUGACGAAAGCAAUAACGUAGCAUUUUGUAUUUUAGAUACAUAACGGCGGAUUCACAUUGUGCCAGUUAGAUCACUCGCAAACAGUGGCGUUAUUAUGGCAACACUGGCAAAAUACUAUGACCACGGCUCGAAGGGGCCGAGAACUAAAGAUGAAUUAACAUAAAAAAUAUGAUGUAUUUUGGGACCCCCUCCAAUAAAUUCGAUAUGGUAAAAUUACGCCAAUAUUCACAAAUAAAGAUUUUUAGCUGUAAUGUUUUUGUCUGUAAAAAUAGUGAGUUUUGUGUAUAAUAUGUGCUGCGUAGAUAGAUGCACUUUGUCAGGAAUAUUACUAUGCUUAUGUAUUUUGAAUUCAGGAACGAACUAGGAAGUUUUGCUUAUGUAACUUAUGUGACAGUUGAUGACUAUGUAGGUAACUACCGGUUCUUGUUGGUCUAAAAGUAACUAUUAGACAAUGGCAGUAGAACAUGUUUUUUGUCUUUAAUUUUACUUGGAAUUUUAUAAAAUUAGUGUUUGGUUUUGUUUGUGUACUUUUAAAAGUCUGUUUGGCUUUGAAUAUAUUAGUAAGGUACAUAAAAUAAAUGAAAAAAAAGCACAGCUGAGCAAUUAUUAUGCUGUAUUUAUUGCGAAAUAAUCACUGUACCAAGUGCCAUAGCCAAAAAAGAAGAAGGAACGUUCGACCGUUUCAACGUCACAACUGCCAAACACUUGGCGGAAGAUCUGCCCAUAACUGCCAAGACCGUCGUACUGAAAAUGUUUACCACGACAAAAAUAUCGCAUCGAUUUGAAAGUUAAAUAUAUCGGUAAAUACGUUAAACCACUAGACUUACUUACUUACACUAUAUCCCAUCAAAUCCAAUUUUACCAGAAUGGAUUGACUGUAUCAGAUCUGCUAUCGCUAAAUACUUUAUUAUUUUGCGCAAGAUAAUUUCGAUUCGGGAUAUCCAUCUUUCUCCUUUCUUUUCGUGCGCCAAAUAAAUUAAAUAAAAUUUCAGAAAAAUCAUCAAUUACCUCCUUCACUCUGUCCUAAAUACUUAGUAAGCUACUUUUACUGUUGUUGUGUAAAUCUGCUUUAACGCUUUGUGUUAAGUCUCGAAGAAAUAAACGUGCAAAAUUAACACGUGUAAAUUUGUAAAAAUGUUAAUGUUUUAAAUAUUACUGUACCUUUACUACACCUAAAACACACUUAGUAAAAUUUUUGCCAGAAUUUUAAGGCACGCAUCAUCAAAACAACUAAACUAAAAAAUCGAUUUUGUGUGUUUAUUAUUCGAAAUUACACUGGUUAAUAGAAUCCCCAAUAUAAUAUACAUGCAAAUACAAAUCACUAUGCUACUACUACUACUACUUUUUUCUUUCGGUAUUUACUCGGUACUUUAUUGACCUUUAUUUAUAUACAUAUUUUCAUUCAUGUGUUUAUUAUGUAUAUUGUUACAAAGUAAUUCAGAGUGGUAAAUUAAAGCCUUGUGUGUGAACGUUGGAGUCCGUGCCGAUCGCUAACAUUUAUAGCUUAAUAGCUCGGCAUAUGCACCACGCCAUGCAUGCCACUAUGCGAGUAUACGCUAUGCAUGCCACUAUGCAAGUGUACGCCAUGCAUGCCACUGUGCGUUUUAGUGGCAUCGUCUAAACAUGGCGUCGUGUGUGUGCUCCCGGCUUAAUUUUAUGUAAUAAUAUGAUUCAAUAAGUCAUUUACUAUUUUUUAAUUUUAGUCUUUACUUAAUAUAAAUUUAAGGCGUAUAAUAUUAGACCAAUAUUUUAGUUUUUAGUUGUCAUUAACAAUAAUUAUUCUUAAAUAUGUUUUCUGUGAUUAUCGAGACAAUAUUGAUUAUUAUUUUUUUAAUAGCUUGACUGUAUAUUAAUAUUGUUUUUAUUUGGUACUUUGACUAAUACAAAAUUAAUUUGCAAAAUAAAGAUGGAUGGAUGAAUUAAAUUUAAAACUUGCCACAGUUAAGCUACUUUUUAUUGCCUAUAAAUCAAAAUGUAUUUGAUCUUAUGUUAUUAUGUAUCUUAUGUAUUUUAUGUAUUAAAUCAUGGUCACUAAUAGAUACAAGCUCACGUUGUUCGACGCUGAGUACGAUUUUAUCGUCAAUCAGUAGCGUGAACAACGUUUUUAACUAGGGUAGGCAUUACACAUUUUGACGGCCUCCGUGGCGCAGUGGUAUACGCGAUGGAUUAACAAGACGGAGGUCCUGGGUUCUAUCCCCGGCUGGGCCGAUUGAGAUUUUCUUAAUUGUUGGCUGGUGAGAGGCUUUAGCCGUGGCUAGUUAUCACUCUACCGGCAAAGGCGUGCCGCCAAGCGAUUUCCGGUAUGAUGUCGUGUAGAAACCGAAAGGUGUGUGGAUUUUUAUCCUCCCUAACAAGUUAGCCCGCUUCCAUCUUAGAUCAUCACUUAUUAUCAGGUGAGAUUAUAGUCGAGGGCUAACGCUAACUUGUAAAAAAAGAAACAUACAAAUUGUACAAAAUGGAAAAUACCUUGUCCAAUAAUGAGUCCACAGUGUAUUUCUGAAUCUAUGAAGGGCUCGUCACUGAUCGUCAUGUAAGUGACAGGGCUGGCAAAAUACCACAGGCCUAUAGGCCUUGCCAUUUUGUACUAAUUAUUGAUUGAUUUGAAUCAAAAUGUCUAAAUGAUAAUUGGAAAGCAGACUCAUUCUUUCCGAUUAUCUGCACUUAUCAUUUUGUUUAUUUAGCUUAUUUGAUGAUAAAACAAAUAAGCUAGAUUAUUUAGUCGGGUCUUUGAAUUUGCCAAAUGGUUGCAAAACAUUUUAAUCAGACAGGUUUUUUGGCUUUAAAAAAUCAACACAUGUAGGGCAAGUUACUUUGUAAUAUUAGUGGUGUAGUAGGUACACCUAAAUAAUUUUUCAUCAAAAACAUUAAAAUACUCACACUACUCUAUUGGAAAGAUGCGUUGAAGCGAUGGUGCAUAAUUUUAUUUACAUAAACUGCAUUAGAAACAAUCAAGUAUGUAAUGACAAAUUUGUUUGUCAAACUUGAAUGCCAUGUUUGACAAACUCUUUAUGCCGGCACUACAUGUAGCUUCAGCGUUCGAACACUUGAAUCAAGCUAUGUCUGGAACGGGACUUUGAAUCUUUGCUCUAAUAAGUGUUUAAAGAAAUGUACUUUUUCUUGUGGUGUCAAUUUUUAGCAUACAUCAAAGCAUUCAAAAUUAAAGUCAAAGUAUUGAUACAGCCAUUGAAUAGGGAUGAUGACAGUUUUUUAAAUUGUACAUAAAUUAAGAGUACGCUAAUAGUAAAGCAAUUUUGUAAAAGUAACAGGGUAUCUGCCAUCAUUACUUUCGGAGCUACAGCGAUUUAAAGGGUCAGAUAUGCGGCGCUGCCGCGGAUCCCUGAAAAAUGCCCCAUACAAAAUGGUACGAACUUAUGACGUCGUAGCCAAUUAAUGAUCGUUAGAUUUGUAUGGGCGUUUAAACAAAAUUACUAAUAUCUUUGUUAUUUCUGCGUUUAUGUUUAUAGUUCAUAUAUUAAAAAAUUUCACAUUAAAUGUAAGGAAGCUAAAACUGUAUGAAAUUUCGUCUAAUUACGAUAAAAUAUUUUUAGUAGAUUUUGAAAUUUUAUAAUCUUAUUUAUUUUGCAAAUAUCCAGUCAAUCUUUGCUUUUUAUGUAUAAAUUAGUUACCAUUGACCUUAUUUACCCGAAUGUAUCAUAAAAAUCAAUAUAUUCAAACCUAGUCAUCAUCCCCAAUUGCUUCAAUAACUGGACCUACAUAAUCUGUCAUUUAAAUUUUCAAAUGUUUGAAUGUGUGCACCAUCCUCAAUCAAAGCCGCAAAUAAUCUAAUUAUUUGACAAACAUUAAAUUAACAUCACAAAAACUAUACACAUCUACCAUUGUAUAUAUUUUAUUUAUAUUAUAACGUAAUGAUAACCCAAGUUGGAUAGUGACGAAUCAAACGCCUGCUGUACAGAGAUUUAUAAAAUGGAUUCAAUCAUGAAUCAUGAGUGUAUGGAAGCUCAAAUCAUAUGUAUAAUAUUAAUAUAACUAAAGCUAAUUCAGUACAUUUAAGAUACUAAUAAUAAUCAAAGAGUACAUGAAUAUACAUUAUGCCUAAGUGGUGGUCUGCUGAUUAGUAUAAAUCAAUCCUAUAAAUAAAUAUACAGGAUGCUCGGCAGUAUUUCCCACAACUCUAUGGUUAUAUUCUCUAAUAAAAAUUAAUUCAAAAUGUUUGAGGAAAUCUGAAAAUAAAAUGAUUAUUUUCAGAGUAAAUAAUAUUUCUUUUGUAAAUAGAUUUUAAAAUGUGCCCCAUAAACGAAUCCUUAUAAUAAUGACGUAUUUAUAUUUCAAAAUGCAAUGUAUUCACCUAAAGGCGUGUGUUACAUGGGUAGUCGAUAUUAUUAGAAUUACUUUGUAGGUAUGGAAAUAUUUUUUUUUAUUAUUUUGUAGUUAUUAAAAUAUUAGCUAUGCAGUUCUUUUCCUAUAAGUGGUCUCGUUAAUACCUUGAAGUUAUGGCGAAUACUCCCUAGCAUCCUGUAUAGAAUGUCGUAUACUAUCUGUCACUAAUUUCGUUUGGUCUAUUAUUUGCUAAAUAUAUAUUAAAUUAUGAUUAUUUUUUCAUGUUAUUAGUGUUUCGUAGUGUGGAAUUGUGAAUAACAUAGUACAAGUCACUAAUUUAGUUAGCCACCACUGUAUUAUAUCUAGUGUUACAUGAACGAAAUUAUUUAAGUAAAAUAUUAUAAUUAAUUUUUAUUAAUAUACCUAUGUACCUACGUUAAGCUAAAUUUAAAUUUCGAAUUAAAAAUAUCUUACACAGUUUUAGAGUAUCUUAAGAUGUGCUAAUAUGAUAUAUUGGCUGGGUUUAUAGAAAUUUAUCAAUCAAAUGCUAAAAUAAUAUAAUAUAUAUGUAUUAAUAUAGAAAAGGAGCUAAAUGAUUACGCAAAAUGUGGUGUUAUGCUUAAUAGAUUGUUCUACUUUCUAGUAGCUGUGUAUGUCAGACUUGAAAAUUUGGCCUUAAAGUCUUUGGCGUCUUCAGACUAAUUACAUAAGGACUAGUAUUACACCCAAAUUCACGAUUAAAAUUGUCUGUCAUAUUGUGAGGAAAACGAGCUCAGAUCGUUUUUUACACCAUUCAACUACACAAUAGUAGAUUGUUAUACAAGGGGCAAAAAUUCCCAUUAUAUACAAGGUAUUUUUAGGGCACGAGCCGUAAAAAUCAAAUGAAAAAAAUACGCAUACCACAGACAGGAACGCUGCAUUUCGUUCCCAUUUAAAUUUUUAUCAAAUAAUCAGGCCCUUACUUUAAGUACUCGUACCCACCUAAUAAUGACUCUAUUUGAAUAAAACCUCCUUCGUCUUAAGGAUGUCAUUAUUUUAGUAUGAUACCAUUUACGAAUUAAACCUUAACAGACAAAAAUUAAAAAAACAACAUUGCUUUAGCUCCUAAAUGCUGAAAUGCUUAUUUAGCCCCUCUGGAGUGGUAAUAUGACAGUGUUUUUGAGCGACAGUAGCGAUAAAAGGUAUUUUUAUAGGACUUCUUUAACCGACGAACAAGAUUACAACUAUAAAAUAUCGAUUCUAUAAAGACAGUUUUUGUUAUCGCAUGAGAUCGUUGAUCAUAUACUUUGACAGAAAAGUAACGUCAAGCAAGGCAGGUCCUAAUGUAAUUAGUCUGAGCUGACGUCAUUUAAUUCUGAAGUUGUACCUGUUGAUUAUAUGUGUACACAUUUUUCAUACUGAAUACCUCUAAGCUACCAGUCUAAAGGAUAAAUUAGAAUGCCUAUGGAAAAUUAGCUACUGGAUAGUUAGCUUGGAACUUAUACUUAGAUUAACUUGAGUCAUACUUGUAAUAUACCUAUCAGGUCUUAGCUACGUCUAUAUCAUUGUACAUAUUAUUCUAUAUUUUUAAACUAUUUCAAUGUAUGUAUUAUUAUGUAUACUUAUUCUAAUUCAUUCAUAUACUUACAUAAUCUUAUUUCAAACCAAAAAAAUAAUGUUUUACCUAAAAUUAUGUUACUUUUCACUAACAUGAUUAUAUGUCAAGUUAAACAUUUAUUUUUUUACAGUUAGUGGACAAAUUAAAAAAAAAUACAUUUUAGAAUGAAUGAAUAUCAAAACAAUUUUAAGAUUGUCUGACUACAAUUCUGUUAAAAACAAAACUUUGUUUACUUAAUAAAAUGUUUCUAAAACAAAUAUUGUACAGUCAUUACAAUCAGAUUAUUGGAAAAUAAUUUAAUUUGUAGCAACUGUGUGUUUUUAUAUGAACGCAAGACAAUAUUUGUUUUUAAAAAUGUUAGUUCUUAUUUUUAAUGUUUUGUAUGGACAGAAUCAUUGCCAAUUUGUUGAUGAAUUUUUGACUACAAAAUAGAAUGUUGUCGAACGUUGAAGUAUGAAUUCACAAACUCGUCCGAAAAUUAUCUGUUAAAUUAGAUUAAGUCACAUUAAGUUAUAAAUAAGUGGUUUGGAAAAUUACUGUAGGCGACAUCACGACAAAAUGUUAAAUAUCUCAGUAAUAAACAACAUGUGUUUGGAUGC